AUGCACAAUUCCCUCUGGGACACCAGGACCAUCUCCUACACAGGAUGUGCUGCUCAGCUCUUCUUCUUUAUGUUCUUCAUCUCAGCAGAGUAUUUCCUCUUGACCAUCAUGUGCUACGACCGCUACGUGUCCAUCUGCAAACCCCUGCACUACGGGACCCUCCUGGGCAGCAGAGCUUGUGCCCACAUGGCAGCAGCUGCCUGGGCCAGUGCCUUUCUCAAUGCUCUCAUGCACACAGCCAAUACAUUUUCCCUGCCCCUGUGCCAUGGCAAUGCUCUGGGCCAGUUCUUCUGUGAAAUUCCCCAGAUCCUCAAGCUGUCCUGCUCCAAAUCCUAUCUCAGGGAACUUGGGCUUCUUGUGUUUUCCAUCUGUUUAGGACUCGGUUGUUUUGUGUUCAUUGUUUUCUCCUAUGUGCAGAUCUUCAGGGCUGUGCUGAGGAUCCCCUCUGAGCAGGGAAGGCACAAAGCCUUUUCCACCUGCCUCCCGCACCUGGCUGUGGUCUCUCUGUUUGUCAGCACAAUGAUGUUUUCCCACCUGAAGCCCCCCUCGAUCUCCUCCCCAUCCCUGGAUCUGUCAGUGUCAGUUCUGUACUCGGUGGUGCCUCCAGCCCUGAACCCCCUCAUCUACAGCCUGAGGAACCAGGAGCUCAAAGAUGCCCUGAGGAAAAUAAUGACUCCAUCAUUUCAGAAGCAAUAAACUCUCUUUUUUCUUCUCAGAACCUUCUGAAUGUAACUCUUUACAAUCUUGGCCUUUUUUUCCUAUUUGUCCAUUUUGUCACUGGGACCUUUUAUUAUUAUUUUUCUGGUGUUAAAAUAUUUUUUAUACGAUACUGUAGUACUACUCUGUAUUUCUACAUGAACUUCUACUUCUCUUUUGUAACACAAAGGAUUUUAGCUGGCUUGUUCCCUCUGCAUUUGAAUAAAAACAAGUGGCUGUCCUGACCUGUGU